CCUAGCCCGUGUCACUCUGGCACCGGCACACUCACAGAGUCACAGUACCCCAGCUUCGAGCUCCUGGGGAAUCAAAGAACAAGACAAGCGAAAGCAAGCGAGCCAGCUGAGCAACGCCAAUAGCUCGAGCAGCUAGCUCCAUCCAUCCAUGGGGAACGCCCUGGGGUGCUGCUGCAAGGAAGAAGACGACGAUGAUGGAUAUGUCUAUCUGGGUGGCGACGAUGAUCAGCAUGCCUACUACUACUCGGCCCCGGCCGCCGCCUCCAGGCCGCACUACAAGCCAGCUGCGGCGUCUUCCCCGAAUCAGGGGAGCAGCCUCCUCUGGCCCCAGUCUCCUCCGGCUCCGCCAUCCAGGCCCCGACCGCAGCUGCAUGCUCCUCCUACUACUCCUGUGCCCCAAGGAGCCGCCGUCGCCUGCUCAGCCCCCGCUGCGACGAGCAGGAGAGGCCUGGUUCUCCGGCCCCAGCCAACUCCGGCGGCUCCAACCCCCAGGCCCCAACGGCAGCUGCAUGCUCUUCCUGUGCCUCACGGCGUCGCCUCCUCAACUUCGGCGAGCAGGAGCAGCAUCCUCCCGUCUCAGCCUGCUCCGGUUCCACCCUCCAGACCACAGAAGCAGAGGCCGCAGCAGCCUUCUUCUCGUGUGACCCAUGACCAUGGCGUCGCCUCUUCAACUUCGAAAUGCAUGCUCCGCUGCCCCCCAAAGCAGAAGCUGCGACAGCAACCCCCGAUUUCCCAUGGCAUCGUCGCGGUCGACUCUCCAAGUCCGACGACUCGCCGCCUCCUCCGUUUGGAGCAUGACCUCCUCAACUUCGUGCUCACCAAAAUGUUGCAGGUACAGGUAAAGGUUACUUCAUGCGAGCGUUUUGAUUGUUCAUUUGGAGUUCCUGAAGGGCUUGGAGAGCAUGUUACAUCAUCCAAGAAAGCACAAGCUAAAUGGUAUAGGAAUAUCUCUGAAGCUUAUGUAAAAACAGAACCCCCUCCUAGAACAUUGGCAGAGGCUGCCAUGCUAGUUGCUACAGCUCUGGGCAGGAUCCAGGGAGCUAAUUUGGAGGGUGUCCUUGCCUUCUAUGGCUUCCCGGUUCCAACUCCCCCUGUAGUCACCACAGAGCACCAUCCGGUAUCACUAGCAGACGGCGUGCAGUUCAUCCUGGAAACUUUGCCGGUUUAUGCAAAGUGCAUUGGAGAUGGUGAUGGCUUUACUGCUUAUGUCGACACAUCAGAUCCAACGGAAUCAACAAAUGUGCCACAGGAAGUGCGUGAGGCUGUCAAUGCAAUGUUACAAACACCCAAGCAUAGGAACAGCCAACAGAAAAAUGUGCUCCAAAGUAAACUGCACAAAGCUGGUUAUAGGAUAAUAUAUACUCCAAAAGAUGAGAUCCUUGCAAGGCAAUACCGCUUCAGAUUGAGGGGCAUUGAUGCACCGGAAAUGGGAAUGCAGUAUGGGAAGGAGUCCCAGAAUGCACUGGUGAAACUUAUCGCUGGCAAAAGUGUCAUGGUUUACGUAUAUGGGCAGGACCAGUAUGAUCGCUAUGUUGGAGAUAUCUAUUGUGAUGGUGUGUUCAUCCAGGAACAAAUGCUGAAGGAGGGUCAUGCAUGGCAUUACAAGAUUUACGACAAACGCAAAGAAUUUGCAGAAUGGGAGAUGAAAGCACGAGAUGCACGCCGAGGGCUUUGGGCAUCUGAUAACCCUGAGAAGCCAUGGGAUUGGAAAAGGAAGCACAAUGUGAGACAUGAGACGCCAGAUAACCUUGAUAAGACAUGGGAAUGGAGACGGAAACCGCACAAUGCAGGACAGCAGAGCACCCCAAUUCAGGCUACCUUGUGUACCUGAACCUCAAGUAAUGAGCUCUUGAAUGGUGAGAAAGUCAAACAGCCUGCUGGAGAUGUAAAUUUAGUGAAUGCGUCGGAAGCAAAAUUUGCCAUUCACUUAUUCGGAAUCUCUAUGCGG